AUGAAGCUUGUGUCCACGGUACUGUUAUCGCUAUUUUUCGUCGUAAUCACUGACGCAAGAUUUUCUUCGGAAAUGAAUUAUCAGGACUUUCAUAGGUUUUAUGGAAACAGAGUUUAUCCAAUUCACCCAUCAUUACACUUUAGGUAUAGUGAAGGUAACUCAAAUACCAAACAUAAAACACAAAGGGUGGAGAACACAGAGUGUCAGUGCCCAUGCCCUAAAAAUGAAAAGUACGAACAGGAAACAAUAACCCUAAUGACACACAUGCUUGCUCAAUUACAACAAAUAAGUUUGACACUGCAACAGCCAAUAAAGUUUCAAAUGGACAAGCAAAACACUAUGGAAGAUAAUUCAAAGGUAGAAGAAGAGACACAACAAGAUAAUACUAGACAGUUUUUAAUUCCAGUCGAAGAAUCUCUCCCAAAAGUCAACAAGAAAUUUGAGGUCAGCAAUCAUGAUGAUGAUGUAGUUAAUGAAUCUAAAAACACAAAGGGACCACGGAAAGUAGCCGAAGUACCCGAAGAACCCGAAGAUAAUAUAAGACCCAUAUCUUUUCUCCCAGUUAAUAUAAAAACCUCAGUCAAACAAUUUCCGCUUGAUCAUGGAUCUAAAUUUUAUUAA